AUGGCAGAGUCGCGUGUAGUGCGGGUGUCAUCGCCGGUGUAUGUCUUGGGCGACAUCCACGGCAACCUCCACGACAUUAUGGUAUACGAACGCUCGUUGUGGAAGAUGGGACCGACAUGUUUGGGCAAAUCCUUCCUCUUUCUGGGCGAUUAUGUGGACAGAGGAGAGCACAGCGUUGAGUGCAUUCUCUACCACUUGUGCCACAAAGUGAUGUCACCCCAGAAGUAUUGGCUCCUCCGCGGCAAUCAUGAGCUCCGAUCAGUCAAUCAGAGCUUCACUUUCAGGAAUGAAUGCCUCGAGAAGUUCGGCGAAAGUGUGGGACAGAAGUUGUGGAAGAAGUUCAACACAGUCUUCGAUUUCGUGCCCAUCUGUGCCGUCAUCGAUGAGUCGAUAUACUGCGCCCACGGAGGCAUUCCCACCCCACCACCACCAUCGACGAGCUCUACGCCAUACCGGCCCCACUCAGGGAUGCGGAGUACGAGUCGCCCAUCGCGUGGCAAAUUUUGUGGAUCAGCAGUUCCGCGACUAUCAGCAAUCCAUGCCUCCAGAGCCGUCCGCUUCCAGUCAGACCAGUGUCAGCAGCACUACCACCAGUCAGAUGAGUGA